GCAGCCUACAACUGACGUACGGACACGGGUGAUUUCUGCUCAAACGGGCAGAGCGCCAUGGUGACGACGUUGCCAUCAAUUCCAUCCAGUGAGUCUGUCCAUUUGCAUCAUUUUAAGCGAAGAGGACAUGACGAUUCAAGCGGUUUAUCGCCUGUAGGCACUGACGAUUCUGAUGAGGCAGAUGAAUAUGAGACCAAAGCUCCAAGCGGGGCUUGGCGCCGACAACUAAGCCCCUGCUCGGUAUUUUCAGCUGCUUCUUCAGGGCGUUUGUAUGCAGAACCAGCGCAGACCUUGAUCUUCUUGGACUGGGAUGAUACAAUAUUUCCUUGCACCGAAAUCUUCACCACUCGUAACUAUACCAGACGGAGCAGAGAGUGGACGAAGCCUUUGCCUCCUGAUCUGGACGAAGAGCUAAGUGCUUGGCGUCAGGCUGCAGGGGACUUCUUACAAGCCGCCUGUGCGAUCAGUGACCGUUGCGUGAUCCUCACCAACUCAAGGCCGCCGUGGGUUUCUGCGUGCAUUGACCACUUUGCUCCCAAUCUCAAGGAGAUCCUGGCGAAGAACGGGCCGGUGCGUGUGGUUUAUGCAUCGGAAAUGAUGAAGAAGAGCAAAUCCAAGAGUGAUGAAAUCAGUGAGAAGGCUGAGGGCGUCAUCAUUAAAAUGCUUCAGUCUUUGGGAUGUUUUCACGGCUUUGUUUCCAAGAUGGUGGAAUCCAUGGCCGCAAUGCGCCAAAAUGCGCCGAAGCCACAUUUCGACCUUACAGAAGCUAAAUUCAAAGCCAUGAGGAAAGAGGCCGAAAGCUUCUAUUCGCAGUACCAAGGGCAAACCUGGAAAAAUAUCAUCAGCUUGGGUGAUAUGGCAUAUGAACAUGAUGCCGCAAAAUCCCUUUCAUCUACACGCGUGGCUGUUUCACAGCCUCGGGAGAGGCUACGGACAAAGUCUGUAGUCUUGCUACAGAGUCCUUCACUUCAUGGUUUGACUCUGCAGCUCCGUAUUUGGAGUCAGUUGCUUCCAAUUUGUGUGCGUUUUGAUGGAGAUAUCGACCUCUACAUCGAAAGCAGUUGCACACCCUUUACCGAGCUGGCAAAGGCAUUGCAAGUACCAUCACUUGCAAGGGUAAAGGUUCCAGCCGUGUACACCCAACCCGAUAUGGGAGUCAAGACUUAUGUCACGGCUGACGAAGAGCGAGCAGCUGAUGAGUUGUUGGACAACCUUCCAAUUCUCUUGCAUGAGGCAGUUCUAGGCCCUCCAAGAGAGACCUUUGUAAAAGCACGUUAGCCUAAUUCAAUAGGUUACUGAGGUCAUCUAAAUUGGACCUUAGUUUCCAUGCAGUCUCCAUCUGACUGUGCACUUGGAAACCGCUUUUCCACUGGUGAAAAUUGAUAAAUUGACGGGAUGCCUAUCGAUGCCUUGCGCUUGGUCAGAUUUGUCAAGGUCGGGGAGAUGUUGUGGCGAUUCUGGCCAGAAGGGGCAGGGACCGAAAAUGACCAAAACAUAGACCUAGCUCACUGGUCACUACUUCACUAGCAGGGCGUUUCUGAUUUAUAUAACGUCUAUAACCUCCAGUGCAGGGACUCAUAACAGGGUGACACGUUCUUGAGAUGAGCUUAGCAGCAUGCGGCGGCAUGGGUUGCACUUGGCGGAGCAUGCUCAAGCAUGUUCGCAGUCCUCGCUGGUUGGCUCAAGAGCCAAAUGCUCAACCCAAAGUCCC